AAAUAAAACGUUUUCAGCUUUUUCUUAUGCUCUACGGCAUCAGCAAUGAAUUGUUUAUUUCCAAUGUGCAAAGUUUAGUCGACAAUGAAUCUGAGGCGAAUACAAAAGCUACUUCAUCUUUUGGUUGGACACGCUAUCAUAACUUGGCUGAGAUCGAAUCUUGGCUGGAUGAUAUACUCGCUACUUAUCCGGAUGUUACCGAGGGAUUCGUUGUAGGCAAAUCAUACGAAGGCCGUAAUAUACGCGGGAUAAAGAUCUCCUACAAAGCGGAUAAUCCAGGUGUCUUUAUUGAAUCCAAUAUUCAUUCAUGCGAAUGGAUAACUUCGGCCACGGCCACUUGGUUCAUCAACGAACUGCUCAGCUCCACUGAUGAUUUGAUACGAGAUUUGGCCGAAAAUCAUGAUUGGUAUAUUGUGCCCGUACUGAAUGUGGAUGGUUUUGUAUACACACAUGAGAAGGAUCGUCUCUGGCGUAAGACUCGGCAACCAUCGAGUUAUUCGAGCUGUGUUGGCGUUGAUCCCAAUCGCAAUUAUGAUGUUCACUGGAUGGAGAAUGGAGGAGCAUCCGAUGAUCCUUGUGAAUGGAACUAUGCUGGACCGCAUCCAUUUUCCGAGCCUGAAGUAAAGGCCAUGUCCGAGUAUCUGGGCAGCAUCAAGAACAAAGUAAACGUGUUCCUUGCCUUCCACUCUUACAGUCAGUUACUUCUCGCACCUUAUGGACAUACAGCUGAUGAGACUCCCGAUAACUUCAAAGACAUGAUGAAAGUGGCAAAGGCUUAUGCUGAUGCAGUAGAUGCUCUACCUUAUGGAACUGUUUACAAAUACGGCUCAGCAGCAGGCGCGCUCUAUCGUGCAUCUGGUGGCGCGAACGAUUGGGCUUAUCAGGAGGGCAUUAAAAUAUCCUUUACUGUAGAAUUUCGCGAUGAAGGACGAUUUGGUUUUCUCCUGCCCCCUGCCUUCAUCAUACCCAAUGCUGAAGAAGCAUUAUCUGGCAUUAUUGCCCUACUUGACGAGUGUAAAAAAUUGGGUUAUCUACAUCUCAAUUAAAGUUAUUAAAACAUGAUUUAAUUUUUUAUCAAUAUA